AUGAGCAUCUCGUUCGGCAGUUUGGGUCUCAUGUCCCUUCGCAAUCCCUUGGCGGAUGCAAUGGGCAUCCUUUGGGGCAAGGGCGACAUUAGGUCCAUGUUUUGGCUAAUCGUGUUUUGCAUCUUUUUCCUGAUUUUGGCUUAUCUGACAAACCCAUCCGAAACGUCUUUUCGUACUUUCCUGACUGAACAGUCAUUUCGGCAACACCUCAGUCGUCUCGAUGAUAGCAUCGACGACGAUCACGACUCUCAUGAAACGAAAUGUUCAGUUCGACGUGGUGCGAACAGCACCGCCCACACGCUCCCUUUUGACAACAGGUCACCUUUUCAUUUCGCUAACCGUGCUUCAGUUUCGCUUCGGACACCUAAACAUGUUUUUCAUACCUUUGGCAUCUUCACCAUUGCAGUAAUCGUCCCCAUCUCAAAGUCGGAUCGUGACCCAGUCGAUCGACGUUCCGAUGGUAUGGUAUCAGUUAUCUCCGAUUCGUGGUAUCUGGGAGCUUUUGGAAAAUGGUGGCGUGGCGGGGUCUUGGAUGAAUGGUACCACGACGUGAUCGCCAGAAAUGACGAGGAAAGCUGGAGUUCGGGCAUACUUGGCAUGAAAACCUCUGAAAGACAUCAUGAAUACAAUGGUGGUCUUCCGUUCACCACCAAGAAUCUUCCUCCUCAUCUGUUGUCGCGCGGUUCUCCUCCGAGACUAAGGAAUCGUGACAAAUCGUCUCAACGGUCCGGCUUACUACCUACUCGCAGUUCCACUCCACCACCUCUCCCCAAAUCAGUGUCGCUGCCUCUGCACGCGACACGAUCUUCGCAAGCUUUGGCGGAUCAUGGCGUAAUAGCUCAGCAUGCGGGUCAGUCACUAUCAUCAUUUCCCAUUGACCCCGUAAACACCGGCGCGCAGCUACCUUCAGCGAGCUCUCCUUUAACUGUAUUCGAUCAAUCUCCUCAUGUCGCGGAGCUUCUUCGCCAGGUUACCGCAUCCACCGCAUCCAUUCUGGACCUUCGCAAUCAACUCAAUGAUUGCAAAACUUCUGCCUCGCAGUCUCAUGCUACUCUUCAAAGAGAAUUGGAGUCUUGUCGGGACCGAAAACGGCAGGAGGAUUCUAUGAGAGCCGAGUUGAAAUCUAGGACCAAGGCAUUGGACGACUCCAAGAGGCAAGCUGAGGGCAUUAAAAGAGACUCCGAAAAACGUCUUAAAGCUGCGCUCGUUGCUCGUAAAGACACUGAACAGCGUAUAGAGCACCUUGACUCCGAGAUCUUACGCUUACAACAGUGUUUGGUUGAUGAUGAAGCAUCGGUUCGACAUAGCAAGGACUCUGAGUCGCCAACGGAACAGGCCAUCAAGGUUUCCUUGGAGCAGAAGAGAACGGAGAUCAAAGUCGCAGAUGAUAUUGUCACGGCACUGAAUAUUCGGGCUCGCGAAUUGGAAAAGCGGCUCACAACCCAGAAAGCAAGGUUACAGUCAUUACGAGAACGCUUCCAAUCUCAGCAGCUCACUCGGUCCCUUCACCAUGGUUUCCAUGUAAUAGACCCAACCUCUUCCUCAUGGUCGAUCAAGGAUAUCACACAUUCACCUACAAGAUCCUCGCAGGAUGACUCUUUGCGUGACGAGCGGGUAUCAGGACAGUCUCCACAAACUUCUGAGUUGAUCAUUGGAAAUCCCAGCGACCAUGUUUCGGCUUCGGUUCCAAUCCCUUUGCGAAGUAAUACGUACGCCAGGCUAGAGAAUGAUUUGCCAUCCCUUGCUGUUCAAACAUCGCAACCCGCCGUCGGGAACUUUGCACCAUUCGCAGACCUUGAUCCACAUCUAUCUCAGUCCUCAAUGGCGGUCUCUCCGACGUCAUCUUCUCUGAUCCCAUCAGGUCUCAUGUCCUCCCUUGCACUCGACAGCACAGACAAUAUUUCGCGGUCCUUCCAGUCGGAGAACGACGUUUUCCUUGACAGGCACUGGCGAAAUAAUGGUGUACACGGACAUCCCCAACGGUUAAACACAGACGAACCUAGUCCCAAGUACGGGACGAUGACCGCAUCCUCACCAACAUCCUUACAUGCUGUUUCCACCGGCGACACUGAUUAUGAUCCUUUCGAGGUUCGCAUGUUGACUCCACGUGAGCGAGAAAGGUACUCUUUACGUUCUGAGAGUGCCAUGGACAUGCAGCGUGCAUUGUUUCACCGGAAUAGUUCAACUCCCUCCCUGGUUUACCCGACGUCUGAAGAAUUUGAUCCAGCCCCUGGAGCCGAUAAGCCAUCGGCUCCUCGUCGUUGGUUCUCUAAAGACAAAUCCACAAAGGGUCUCAAUCCGGAUGCGAAGGUGUUCAGCAUAUCUGGAGCAUCGGAUUCGCAGAAACAGGGUCAUUUCUCGCAGAUGUCUUUCGACGCGUUAAAUCCUCAUGGUCUGGGUCCUAAUGUCAUGACAGCGCCCACGUCUGACAGUAGUACCUUGCUGAGAGCUUUUGCGCCUUCGCCGGCAGAGCGAGAGGUCCUUCAGCGCGCGUUUGGGGGCUCUACCAACACCAGCCUCGAGCGUCUGCCGAACUUGAGCGAUGUUGGAAGCAUCCCGCCAUCUCCAUCGCAUGUAAAUGCCCAUGCACUAACUGUUCCAGCGCAUGACAGGAUCCCAUCGUGGCUUCAAUCCUUACCCCGGAUUCGCAAGCUUAAUUUCAGUCCGUGGGAUGACGAGGAGCCUUCAGUGAACAAGAAAACUGCUACGUCGGGUCAAAGAGGUCAUUGA